AUGCGCGAUCUACCAUGCAACUGCGGCUGUGGCCUAAAUGCUGCCAGUUCUAGCCGACCUUCAGCACUCAGCCCCCUCUCACCUCGUAUGCCCUCGCAUCCAAAAUCAAUCGAAAAUUGCUCACCUCACUCUGCUUCAAAGCAACCCGAGUCAGUCUAUUCCGCCCAACUGUACACCAGACAUCAUAUCUCCCAAUCCCUCUUGGAGUCCGCCAACAUGGAAAGGGGUGGCCAUUCUCAACUUGUACAACCUCUCGUUCUGAGGAGGCGUGUCGAUGCACUUUCAUCGAUGAGCGCGGUCUUCCCGCUAAUCAUUGCGCUCAUCUGCGCGUGCUUCACCAGUGUAGUAGUCGGCAUUACACCUCCUGUCCCUACCCACACAAAUGGUAUUGUCAACCUCACGCUUGCUUCCGACUUCCGCAGUCUAGCACUACCAACACUCUCACCCUACCGAUUUUCAGAUGCAAACGAAAUGAAGCAACUUGCCGCGGUUGCCACUGGCACUGCAGACUCUAGUGAUCCGCCGAAUCACAACGUCAACGUUCAAGUUUCGCAGCCUACCAUGUGCCAGCCCAUGAACAUCACCUUUGAUCCCAGCCGCGGCACUCCGCCCUAUACGGUCAUGGUCACCGCCGAGGACUACUGGCCCGUAACAUUCAGCCUGCCUGCAUCGUACGAUGACGCCUCCAAGGAUUUGUGGCUCUAUCAGUACUCUGUCCCCCUCUACAGCGGAAAUACCUCCAAUCCUAACAUGCUCGUAUCGGUCACCGACUCGACCGGCCUUAUGUCCAACUCUUCCAGCUUUGUCCAAGCGCUCAGUCCAGUCAACGGCGCCACUUGCGCCCCAAUGGAGUACACCAGCUCCUUUUACUUCUACACCGAGCGUCCCGCCUCCAUGUGCCAAGACUACGAGAUCUUCUGGAACGGCAGCUAUGCACCUCCUAUCUCCACCAUCUUUCUACCCGAGGCAGCUCCACCCCUCUACGUAGCAUCCCCGCCCUCUGCUACAAACAACAUGACUUGGCAAGUCGCCAUGACUGGAGGCACACGCUUUCUAAUGACCAUGGCCGACAGUCGCGCAGUCAAUGGCAACGCCGGCGUUUCCAAGCUAAACAUUGUUGCCCUCAACGAAUACUUUAGCAGCUCCUGCGUCGCAGAGGCCGACUACCCGCACAACAUUUUUGCUCCCACCACCACUGCUGGCCGCGCCUCCAUCUUUCCGGAUGCAACCUCCACCGUCGCAUCCGUGACCACGAAUGGCGACAUGAUUGCCACUGUCACUGUGAUCGAGACUAUCAAGAAUGGUCGAAGAGUCCACGACAAUGGCGGAGGACUCUCUGGCGUUGGUUUCCUUGUUCUCAUGAUUGUCGUCUUUGCUAGCAUUGUCGUGAUCAGCGCUGCCGUUGGCUGGUUCUGGUUUCGAAGGCGCCAGAAGCGCAAACAGAACAUUCGAGCCUGGGAUCUGCCCAACACUGAUCCAUCUGUGCCGUUCAGUGCCGACCCCAACAUGCCCAUCGCGCCGGACAUCUUCGGCCGUAACGUCACUCGACAGGCCUCCACCGCCGCCAGCUCUCGCGAAACAAGGGCAGAAGACCAUAACAGCGUCUCGGGCGUCAGCAACAAUUACGACCCUGUCUCGCUGACCUCUCGACCCCUCACACACGCUUCGUCUGUUCGUGGUUCACUGCGUAGCUGGACUUCGAGUGCCCUUGAACAGUUACACCUUGCCACAGGCGUGCAAAACAGCCGUCACCCAAACGCAACCGCUGAUGACUACGCCAUGAUGGAUGCUGCAGCUGGACGAGGCGCUUCUAACAACCACCAUGCUCGAAUUGUGGCCGGAGGAAACAUAUCCAACGGCUCGUCAGAAGCGUGGUCUCCCGUUGGCUCAAUCCCGCGUCCAUUUGGCUUCUACUCGGACGAUCCACAGAUGCAAGACAUUGCCGCACAUCAUGGGAUGUUGCUUCAUUACCGUACGGGCAGUCCACCUGCGGCUUCUCGCACCACCAGUUCGGACAGUACCUCGAUCAAAUCGACACGCGUUGGACCUGGCCCAACGUACCGUCCGGAUGAGGCCUCGCAAGCCGCUUACCAGGAUCUGCUGGCCGGUAAUUCUUCACCUAUCAGUGGUGGGGACCGCACCUUUCCUUUUAGCGCAACCCGAAUGCAGACGACUGGCACCGCCCAGUCACCUAGUUCGAGGACGCAUGGUUGGGCCGAAAUUUUGGAGAGCGAUGAUCAGUCUGCCCGCAUCGUUCGUCAUGCUGAUGCAGGUCUCUUACUUGAUGACAACGACAACGGCGACGAGCCCAUCGAUUUGCGAUCAGGUCGAUUGAUGGAGUUGCCACCUCAGUAUGAUACGAUUCAUCCCAGCACAAGGUUGCAGCAGGAACCUGUGCGCGUUGGAGACCAGCCGUUGAAUGAGAAUCCUUUCGCCUCUCCGCCAACGCGAAGUCCGCAAGGGCACACACACGGUCUCGCCUCGAUUGACAUCUCGGAUGCUGGCUAUCGUUCUGCUGAAGUGCAUGCCGCGGACCUGGUCGACGAAAACGACGACGAGUCGGCUUUCUGGGCGCAAUGA